UCGAACUUGUAACUUAUUAUUUCUGAAAUUCUUGAAGGUCUGAAACUGUUUUUAUAGUUACUAUUUACUCUUUCAUGAAGUGGUUUGUUAAGUUUUGUUUUUUGUUGCUGUGAGUGCAUGUGGUUUUUUUUGUUGUUCUUUUUUUUUUUUUCCAGUACUGGGGAUCGAACUCAGGACUUUGUGCUUGCCAGGCAGGCAUGGCACCAUUGAGCUACAUUCCUGACCCAGGCUCAUGUUAUUUUGAAUGUAAUAUUUUGAAAUCUUGAAAACCUAAAACAGAUGUGUUUUCCACCACAGAUAUUUGUUUACUUCUGCAGGAACCAGGCGUGUUAAGGAUCUGUACCACUUGCUUCUAUUCUCUUCUCUGAAAAAUGGACCUCAGGUUUAAUUAGAGAGUCUCAGAUUCAGCCUCGCCAUCCUGCUGAAAGCUUAAGGUUUCUUCUGUACUGUGUUUGCCUUCAGAGCAGCUGUACCUCUCCCACUUGUCCAUUGCCAUUUUUCCUGCUCAGAUUUUAGCUUACUGAGUUUCUUUCUAUCUGAUCUUUUUCUGAGAAGGAUGGGUUGGAAACACUGGCAGUGUUUUCAGGUGAGCUCAGCUCAGGUUCAAGUUGUUUUUAACAGAAGAACCCUUAAGAAUACCCAGUUUGGGGCCAGGGAUUUAGCUCAGUGGUUUCACCACCUGCUACACAAGUGCAAGGACCCGAGUUCGAUCCCCGGUACAAAAAAAAAUACCCAGUUUGUGGUACUGCUGGAAGGAGUAGAUGCCACACUUUGUCAACAUACCUCAGCCACCCGUGCCAUCCUGAGUGUACUUUAAGGAUAGGAUGUUGCCAUAGAUACGAUGCACUUCUUUGCUGGAGAAGAAUGAAAAUGUUAGGAAAUCAUGGGCUGCUCUACUUGCCUCAGAGUGUGAGCACUGCAGCUGGGUGAGGGUGAGUCUGUUCUGCAGCUGACUCGGUGGACACAUUAACCUGGAAGUGGGGCGGGGUGGGGAAGGAACUGUUACAGGAUGACAUCAUAGGUCUGGAGCGUGGCAGGGGAAAGACCCAGGUGAUGGUGACAGAAGGUGUGACCAUAGCUGCCUACACGCUGGAUGAGGGCCUUACUGAGUCUGGACCAGCCAUCAAUGACGGCAACUACACCCGAGCAACAGCCUUCUUGGAGACCCUAGAGAUGACCCCCGAAACAGAGGCCAUGUGGAAAACCUUGAGUAAACUGGCACUGGAGGCAAGGCAGCUCCACAUUGCUGAGAGGGUGGAGAAGGAACAGACUUCUCUCAGGUCCGAGCAUGUCUGGCCAUGCUGGAGAAGAACUGCACACUGGCUGAAAGGAUCUUCUUGGAACAGAUUGCCGAGGAGCUCUACAUUAAGGGAGACUGGACCAAAGAUGCUAUAGACAUGUACGCCCAGGCUGGCCACUGGGAGCAAGCGCACAAGCUGGCAAUGGAAUGCGUGCGACUAGAAGAUGUGUUGGUGCUGUACAUCACUCAGGCCCAGGAAAUGGAGAGGCAGGGCAAGGACCUUGAGGCUGAAAGGCUCUAUGUGACAGUGGAAGAGCCUGAUCUUGCCAUCACCAUGUUCAAAAAGCACAAGUUGUAUGAUGACAUGAUCCUGCUGGUAGGAAAGCACCACCCAGAUCUACACAGUGACAUGCACCUCCACCUGGACAAGGAUCUGGAGGCUGAACGCCGUCCGACUACAGGAGGUCGAGUGAAUAUCAUUACCUCGAGGCCGGCCUGGGAGUGGAAGGAAUGCGACCUCUCCUUUGCGAGGGCCUGCAUACCCUCCUCUCUGAGGAACUACAAACUCUCCUCUCUGAGGUACUGCAACAUAUCCUCUCUGAGCAACAUCAACCUCUCCCCUUUGAGGGACUGGGACCUCUCCUCUGUGAGGGACUGAGAACUCUCCUCUGCUAGGGACUGUGACCCCUCCUCUCUGAGGACCUGCAGCAUCUCCUCUCUAAGAGACUGCAGACUCUCCUCUCCAAGGGACUGCGACCUUUCCUCUCCAAGGUACUGUGGCAUCUCCUCUCAGAGCCACUGUGAACAAGCCUCUCCCAGGGACUGCUACCACUCCUCUCUGAGGGUCUGUGAACUCCUCUCCUAAGGACUGUAAACUCUCCUCUCCCAGGGACUGUGACCUCUCCUCUCCGAGCAACUUUGAACUGUCCUGUCUGAGCCACUUUGAAGUCUCCUCUGCGAGGGACUGAGAACUCUCCUCUCCCAGGGACUGCGUCCUCUCCUCUCUGAGAUACUGUGCCACCUCCUCUCAGAGCCACUGCAAACUAGCUUCUCCUAGGGACUGUGACCUAUCCGAGGGCCUGCGAACUCCUCCCCCAGCGACUGCAUACUCUCCUCUCCAAGGGACUGUGACCUCCCCUCUGUGAGGGACUGUGAACUCUCCUCCUAGGGAGAGCAAACUCUCUUCUCUGUGGGACUGGUACCUCUCCUCUAUGAGGGACUGAGGACUCUACUCUCCUAGGGAUUGUGACCUCUCCUCACUGAGGGCCUACGGCAUCUCCUCUCUGAAUGACUGAGAACAAGCCUCUCCAAGGGCCUGUGAACUCUCCUCUGUGAGCGACUUCGAACUCGCCUCUCCGAGGGACUGGGGUCUCUCCUCUGUGAGGGACUGAGAACUCUCCUCUCCUAGGGACUGUGACCUCUCCUCUCUGAGGGCCUGCAUGAUCUCCUCUCUGAGUGACUGGGAACUACCCUCUCUGAGGGCCUGUGAACUCUCCUCUCCUAUGGAAUUUGAACUCUCCUCUGUGAGGGACUGCAACCUUGCCUCUCUGAGGUACUGCAAACUCUCCUAUCAGAGAAACUGCAAACUCUCCUCUCUGGGGUACUGUGAACUCUCCUCGGAGAGACUGCAUACCCUCCUCUCCGAGGGACUGUGACCUAUCCUCUCCCAGCAACUUCAAACUCCCUUCUAGGAGGGACUGGGACCUCUCCUCUGUGUGGGGCUGAGAACUCACCUCUUCUAUGGACUGUGACCUCUCCUCUCUGAAGGCCUGCGGCAUCUCCUCUCCCAGAAACUUCUAACAAGCCUCUCUGAGGGACUGCGAACACUUCUCUCCAAGGGCCUGCGAACUCUCCCCUCUGUUAGGGACUGCGAAGUCUCCUCUCUGUGGGACUCUAAACUAUCCUCUCCAUGUGACUGUAAACUCUCCUCUCCCAGGGACUGCGACCUCUCCUCUCCAAGCCACUUUGAACUCUCCUCUGAGAGGGACUGCGACCUCUCCUCUCCGAGGUACUGCGGCAUCUCCUCUCAGAGCCACUGCAAACUAGCCUCUCCAAGGGACUGCGACCUCUCUGAGGGCCUGCGAACUCUCCUCACUGACCGACUGUGAACUCUCCUCUUUGAGGGACUGCAACCUCUCUUCUCCCAGGUACUGCACACUCUCCUCUCCUAGCGACUGCAUACUCUCCUCUCCAAGGGAUUGUGACCUCUCCUCUGUGAGGGACUGCGAACUCUACUCUCCGAGGGAUGGCAAACUCUCCUCUCCAAGGGACUGGGACCUCUCCUCUGUGAGGGACUGAGGACUGAGAACUCUCCUCUCCGAGGGAUGGCAAACUCUCCUCUCCAAGGGACUGGGACCUCUCCUCUGUGAGGGACUGAGGACUGUCCUAGGGACUGUGAACUCUCCUCUCCCAGCACCUGCAGCAUCUCUCUGAGCGACUGUGAACAAACCUCUCAAAGGGCCUGUGACCUCUCCUCUCCCAGGGACUUUGACCUCUCCUCUCUGAGGCUCUGCAAACUCUCCUAAAGGAAGAGGUGGCAGAUGGAGACGCCUAUGGAGAACCCGGGCUCUGUGUCCCUCCUUUCACCCACCCCGCAGGUGGUCUUGUAGAUGCACAGGGAGAUCAAUUAUUCCCCCUUUAUUUGACUUUUUUUUUGG